AGCAGCAGCAUCACCGUGCUGAGUUAACGGGGAUGUGAGUGGACAGGAAAGUUCAACUGCAUGAGUUCAGCUGCGGGCACAGUUUUACCAGGAGACCUCUCUGAGAAGCGAUGGCAGCCUGUGGUGGAGCUGGACCCUAAAGCCGAAGACCCUGGUUUCCUCCGCGUCUCUCUCUCUCUCUCUACAGGACCAAGCCUCUGGGAGAGUCUUUUGACCCAUCCGCUCCCCCAGUGACCACCGUGCUCCUCCUGACUCAGGGCUAUCAUGGGACGCCUUCCAGUUCACCUCUCCCCACCCAUCCUCCUCCUCCUCUUGCUCCUCCUGGCCCACCCCAGCACUCCCUUCAGGCCACAGGUUUUGGAGCGGGCAUCUAGCCCUGAUGAUGAGCCUCAGCCCACAGGCAACUCUACGGUAUCUGGGCUCAAGUGUGCAGGCGUCGUAGUGUGUAGACCUGGUGUCCUGCUGCCGGUAUGGCUGCCGCUCAACCCUCCACUGGGGGAGCAAGCGGGGAGGGCUAUCAUCUACUUCCUCUGUCUCAUGUACAUGUUUCUGGGUGUGUCCAUCUUGGCAGACCGCUUCAUGGCAUCCAUAGAGGUCAUCACCUCUCAGGAGAAGGAGGUGACCAUCACCAAACCUAAUGGUGAAACGACAGUGACAACUGUGAGGAUCUGGAAUGAGACUGUGUCCAACCUCACACUCAUGGCCCUGGGCUCCUCUGCACCUGAGAUCCUGCUCUCGGUCAUUGAGGUGUGUGGGCACAACUUUGAUGCAGGCGAGCUCGGCCCGGGCACCAUAGUGGGCAGCGCUGCCUUCAAUAUGUUUGUGAUAAUUGGUCUGUGUGUGUGGGUGAUCCCUGACGGAGAGUCUCGCAAGAUCAAACACCUGCGCGUGUUUUUUAUUACGUCUUUCUGGAGUAUUUUCGCCUACGUUUGGCUCUACCUCAUACUGGCUGUCAUCUCACCAGGGAUUGUAGAGGUGUGGGAGGCCGCAGUGACGCUGCUUUACUUUCCGGUGUGUGUGGUCUUGGCUUGGAUUGCUGACCGUCGCCUACUAUUCUACAAAUACAUGCAUAAGCGUUACCGCGCUGACAAGCGGCAUGGCAUUGUUGUGGAAAUGGAGGGUGACCUCGAGCCCAAAGGCAUUGACAUGAUCAUGGAUGGAAAGUUGUCGGACAGAAGCGCAUGCCCUGGAAACUCCUCCAGUGUGACGGUCUCUGUGCAGACAGGCAAUGAACUAGACCAGAGCCAAGAGGAGGUGAUUCGCAUCCUUAAAGACCUGAAGGAGAAACAUCCAGACAAAGACUUGGACCAGCUGAUUGAAAUGGCCAACUACUCUGCCCUGGUCCACCAGAAGAAGAGCCGCGCCUUCUACCGUGUCCAGGUGACACGCAUGAUGAUCGGUGCCGGUAAUAUAUUAAGGAAACAUGCUGCUGAGCAUGCACGCCGCACGGCAGGCCAGGAGUCCGACAAGGCCACAUGCUCGCACAUCUGCUUCGAAAGUGCCCAGUACCAGUGCACUGAGAACUGUGGCUCUCUGAGCCUGGGGGUGAUCCUGGAGGGGGGCACAGGUCAGAACACUUUCUAUGUGGACUACUGUACAGAAAAUGGCUCCGCCAACGCUGGGGCGGACUACGAAUUCACUGAGGGAACCCUGGUGUUUAAGCCAGGGGAGACACGCAAAGAGAUCAAGGUCAGCAUCUUGGACGAUGACAUCUUUGAGGAGGAUGAGCAUUUCUCUGUGCGUCUUCAGAAACUGAGGUUAGAAGAAGGUGCAAAUGAAGGGACAGGAAAUCCAUCCAAGGGUAGACUAGUGGAGCCGCUGAUUGCCACCAUCACUAUCUUGGACGAUGACCACGCCGGCAUCUUCACCUUUGGUCAGCGGGUGCUGCGGGUGAGUGAGAGCACGGGCAUGCUGACGGUGACGGUGGUGAGGAACUCAGGCUCCAGGGGCACUGUAGCUGUGCCAUACCAUACAGAGGAUGGCAGUGCCAAGGCGGGGGUGGACUAUGAGGAGACCGGAGGGGAGCUGGAAUUCACCAAUGAACAAACCAGUAAGACGUUACAAGUGCGCAUCAUAAAUGUGGAAGAAUAUGAAAAGCAGGAAACCUUCUUUGUUGUGCUUGAGGAUCCCAAAUGGCUGAAGCGAGGACUCUCUGCGUUGUUGUUAAACCAAGGAAACCCUAGCCCUGAGGAGGAGGAGGCCAGGAGGAUCUCUGAGAUGGGUAAACCCAUUUUAGGAGAGCACAGCAGGCUGGAGGUGAUCAUAGAGGAGUCCUGCGAGUUCAAGACUCCCAAUGGAGUACUUGACCAGAACACUGUGGACAAGCUCCUGAAGGACACUAACCUGGCUGUAGUGAUUGGCACUCAUUCAUGGAGAGAGCAGUUCAUUGAAGCAGUCACAGUCAGUGCAGGUGAUGAAGAUGAGGGACAAGAGCAGCGAAUGCCCAACUGCUUAGACUACUUCGUGCACAUAGUGUGCUUAUUUUGGAAGGUUGCGUUUGCCUGUAUCCCGCCCACCGAUAUCUGGAAUGGCUGGGCGUGCUUCUUAGUAUCAAUCUCUGUCAUUGGUUUCUUGACCGCCUUUAUCGGAGACCUGGCCUCCCACUUUGGCUGCACCGUGGGCCUGCGAGACGCUGUCACUGCAGUGGUCUUUGUGGCAUUGGGGACUUCACUUCCUGAUACGUUUGCCAGUAAAGUGGCUGCCACUCAGGACCAGUAUGCAGAUGCAUCAGUGGGAAAUGUGACUGGAAGCAAUGCAGUUAAUGUGUUUUUGGGUAUUGGGGUGGCCUGGUCUGUGGCUGCUGUGUAUUGGGAAGUCAAAGGUAAGGUCUUCCGUGUGGACCCUGGCUCGUUGGCCUUCUCCGUCACACUCUUCACCAUUUUUGCCUUCUUCACUAUGGGAGUGUUGAUGAUUCGCCGGAGGCCGUCCAUUGGCGGCGAACUGGGAGGCCCACGGAUCCCUAAAAUCAUCACCACACUGCUUUUGUUUGGACUCUGGUUCCUCUACAUCCUCUUCUCCAGCUUGGAGGCCUAUUGCCAUAUACAAGGCUUCUGAGAGGGCACGGUGUGACGAGUAAUGACUGCAAACACACACAUCACCAAGACAUUGACCUGGUCAGUGCUGUUACAGUAACUACCACUGAAAGGCCUGUCACCACUUGACAACUGCUGCCAUGGUUCAAGAAGAAAUUAACAAAAUUCUACAGACCGGCACAUGCAAAUUUGUGCGUUACAUCCACUCCAGGACAGUUCCAGUCAGUAAAAUAGACAGACUGGUUAUUUUCCGUUAAGUGGAUUAAAUAACCUGCAGUGACCAUUUUUGAUAAAGGAGUUCAAAUGGUCUGCACCUCUGUGAAGUCACUGGAUUUUGCUUCAUACUGGCUAUAACCUGGACUUCAAGUUUGGUCUUGUUUCUUGUAGAUGCUGGAUCCGUAGAUUAGACUCUGUAACCCAGAAAAUAAAUAAGAAAAGCAACGUCAGGUUGCUUGAUUACGUGAUAUUACACAACAAGCUGCUCUAAAAAUCAGGGUUGAACACCACUCUUCUUUGUGUUACAGCAGUGGAGCCUGCUGUUAUUUUAUAUCAUUACACCUCUGAGUUUAUGCCAUGGACACUACUCACAAGCAAAAAGAGGCUGUCAUCAAACUGUCUUAUUUAAUGUCAGUGAACUUGGACCUGAGCAUUAUUCACCCUCUACAAGUCAAUUUGAUCCGUUACAGUUAAUGCACAACAUAACUCUGUGCAAAUGUCCUGUUGCUUUGGCUACCUCCGUUUUUUUGUGAACAGAUUUAAAACAAUAGUUAGACUGAUGAAAACUGUGUGAGUUGUCCUGGUGUCGAUUUUUGAUUAAACCCUGCCAGCCAAUCAGAAACAAACAGCUUCUGUGGCCAUGGUAUAAAAACUGAGCACAGUUUGGGAGAUGAGACCUUGUGAAAUAUCUCACGCUAAAUUGUGUUUCUCCAAGAUAUGUGACAUGUUUAGUGGAAUGUACUGCACCCACUGAAGUUAAUUUCACAAUAAAUAUUGAUGAUAAUAAUGAUGAGAAAUGCACUAGAUGGAUCAAAUAUUGAAAUGUAAAUUGACAAUGAGAAACACAGACAAUGAAUUUCUAAUAAGCUGUGUAAUGAAAAAAUUUGACCUAGUAUCUGCCAUUUAGUGUGACUGUUUGAAAGUGAUGAUUCAUACACCCUGAUAAGUCUUACAUGUUUAUUUAUCAAUGCUGUAUUUUAAUGUCUUUAUAAUUCAUGUAUUUGACCUGAUAUGAACAAAAGUAUAUUAUUGUAAUUUAUUGUAAAUUGUCAAUUACAUUGAAAUUUUAACUGAGUGUCUGCAUCGGAUCCAUCAUCCACAGUGGUCAAGAACUGCAUUACUUCCUCAUUAGUGCAGAAGAGGACAUGGCUUUUAUGAGGGAAUGUGAAAUUUAGGGCACACUGAUAUAAAUAUACAAACUUUUAAAAUCUGAAGAUAUGUUUCAGGUUUGCAAAUCUAAAACGCAUAUGCAUUCAGGAUUCCUAAAAGGGCAAAAAAAUGGGGUAUUUAGGAAGAUUUUAUGAUGUUAAAAUGUUUUUUUAAAGGCCAUGAACCCCAAAUAGACAUAUGAGAUACAAUCCAAGUAAUAAAUGCUGUGGUGCAAAUACAGGGACAAGAUUUAUUUUUUGGGUCAAUUUUUGAAUUGAGUUUCUGAUAAAUGUCUCAUUUACAAAGUAAGUUAAGGGGAAAAGACAUUUCAGCAUUCUGGUAAUAAACCUACCAGGCUGUGUAAAAACUGUCAUGGAAAAGUAUUGAGUCCAUAGAAUUUACAUCAAGAUGGACAACACGUCUUCACUUCCUCCCAUUGUACACAAAUUCUGCUUAAAUAUUCUGGACUCUGGUAUCUUGCAUAUUCGACGUAAAAGGUCAAGCCUAUUAUUCAAUUCAAUUUUAUUUGUAUGGUGCCAAAUCACAACAUCUCAAGGCACUUUAAGGUUGAGUCCCUACAAUAUUAAAGAGAAACCUAAAAGUCCCCACAAUGACUGGCAGCCAUGGAGAGAGAGAAAAACUCUGUUUAACGGGAAGAAACCUCAAAGAGAGAGAGAGAGGGAGAGAAUGUAACAUCCGUUUAAGCUCUGUCAGGUUGUUAUAAUGAAAAUAAUAUGUAUGAAUAGAUGUAAUACAUGGGCUAGACAUAUCCUUCUCAAUUCUCAAUAAUGACGUUCAAAUAACUAAUUCAAACCAAAUAUAUCAGAAACAUUCUGACAUACAUCAGUGUUAUAAGAACUACAUAAAUUGACAGAACCCAUCUUUGAGAAAAAUGUAUUUAACAUCUACUUUGAGUGUUUCAUUUGGUCCAUGUCUUAUCAACUAACAUGGAGGCAGUGGUACUUAUGACCAGUACUGCAGUUAAGCACCAGCAGGCGACCAAGAUGAUUAUCUACACUUUUGAAACCUGUCCAUCUUAUGCACAGUCCAUUACUGAGUCAAGUGACAGUGGGGCUGGUUAGGUUUCGUUCUAUAAAAAAAUUGUCAAAAGUUCUCAGAUUUUGCUUGUUGUCCAAAAUGUUUUCAACCCUGGAAGAUGUGAUACAUGUAAUAUGAAUGAUCAGGGUGAAGGCCACCCUCUGAAAAUAAAUCAAUGGUUGUUCUAAA